ACAUUGUCGUUCCAGUGUUUUGAAAUCCAACGAGGUCACAUGACUCGUUUACUGUGCCAGUUGCUCAAAUGGGAAUGCUUAUAAAACCAACAACUUGCCAAUUGAAGGGCUAUGGGAACACCACGAUGCUGCUGCCAUGAACAUGUCCCAGAUCCCCUUCAACGUGUCGCUCCCUUUGCUGGGGGUAGGGGUCAUGACCCUGCUUCUCUCCCUGCUCUUCUGCUGCUACAUGUGGAAAUUGAAGCGGGACGGGCGGAGAGCGAGGGGGUACAGAAAUAUUCGAACAGUGAAGGUAAAGAAGAAAGCUGAAACUGAGACAUGUGCCGUCUGCCUGGAGGAGUUCAAGUACAAAGAAACACUGGCCAUCUGUCCUUGUAAGCACAAGUUCCAUCAAAAAUGUCUGACUCAGUGGCUGCAGCACCGGAACAUUUGUCCCAUGUGUAAAGCUAAAGUCCAGUAUAACGCAGGGGAGACAACUAGCUUGAUAGAGGGCGCAACACCCUUGUGAAACAAGUCCAGCCUCCAUUUUGAACGUGCUAUUAGGCUACUGCCUGACAAGCUAGACUGCAGACAAUUGGAAAGGAGGCGGUGGAGACAUCACAAGUGUUGAGAACCUAUGCAACGUGUGUCAUACGGAAUGAUAUGGGUCUUGUUUGGAAAUGAUCCACUAUAUCAUAUAAUGGGUAGCGUGAUAACCUCUAUAUAUCCUGCUUAGAUGUAUCUCACAGUUGCUGUACAGUACAUUACAACUGAAGGGGGUGACGGCACGGGUACUACAGAUAUGUACCCAUACACAAAUGUACCCUGAUCAAGAUCAGAAUAGUACCGUGUACCCAAAGUGGCAUACGAGUCCAUUCCUCAAACCGGUUCAAGUUGUAUAUCUGUGUUCUAAUUUUGGUUAGGGAACAUUUCUGUAUAAUGAAAUGUACCUGGGGUAAAUAUCUGUAGUAACCACGACGACAACGAUUCCUUCAGUGUAAAUUAGAACAGAGGAGAACUUUAUGUAUGUUCACCUGUAUGGUUGAUUCUGUUUGGCUGGGAAAGAAAAGUAUCUGUUUGUCAGUUUUACAAGGAAUUUUGAAGUGAGACAUAAAAAUCAACUCCCUGUACAGUGGACAGAGUGGUGACCGUUCUUGUUGAUAUAUGUAAAUAUAAAAUAUAAAAUGGAAUUAAGUGAUUUUAAAGGUGCUAAAUGUGUAAUGGAUGUUGUAUCAGUAGAGUAGAGGAUGUGUCAGGUGUUUUUGUUCAUAGAUUUAUUUAGCUGAGUAUAGGUGAAAUUAGAAAAUAAGAUAACAAUUGAUUAUUUUAUUGAGUCAUUUUAAUUUGCAGAUAUGUAUCCUGAGUGAAGGAUGUAUGAGUAACAAUAAGGCAACAUAUUUUUAUUUUACAGAUUCAA